CAGCUGAGUAGACUGCCAACUACUAUUACACAACUCUUUUUUAAGAAACAACAUGACUCGACUCUCACAGGACUCAACCACCACAGACUAUGAAACCCGCAACCUCCUCUCCGACACGACCGAAUCUCCCAAAUCCCACUACCGACUAUGGAAAACAGGCUCUAUCAUCUUGAUAAUCAUAUCCAUAGUAGAAACAAUCAUCCUUUCAAUAUUACUGACCCAAAACACCUCAUCAACACACACACUUCCCAAAAAGGACAUUAGUCAACUUAAUCGAAACAACCUUCCCCCCCGACCCCCUUCCCCACAACCAUACCCUCACCACAUUAGAAGACGUAACCACCGCAUGGGAAGUAUACAAUCUCCCCGGCUUCAUAACCCUCCCCAACCCCACCCUCUACAACAUCACCCCAAACAAGAACGUUAUCCAAGGAAAAGAAAACGUGUAUAUGAUCUCUGCGUUUCAUCAGUUACAUUGUUUGAAGGCGUUGCAGGGGAUGUAUAUUUCUCUGCGGGAUGAAAGUAGGAAUGAGGAUGGGCAUGGGGUUAUGGGGGAAGGGGAGAGAGAGAAGGAGGAGAGUGACAUGCAUGAUGAGAAACAUAUGGGUCAUUGUAUCGAUUAUCUUCGACAGGGGGUGAUGUGUGCGGGGGAUAUGACAGUAGAAGUAUGGGAUGAGGGAAAUGGGAGGGGGAGGAUGAAGACGAGGAUGUGUAGGGAUUGGGGGGCGAUUGAGCGAUGGCAGAGAGAAC